GCUGUCACUUCUGUAAGGAGGGCGGUAGAUAGGUUUCCAGUAUAGGCGCUGGGGGUUUGACCCGGGUUUCGCGUAUAGGAAGUGACAUCAGAGUGUCAACAUGCAAGAUGGCCGCUCAUCACAGGCAGAACACGGCCGGGCGGAGGAAAGUUCAGGUCUCAUAUGUGAUUAGAGAUGAAGUUGAGAAGUACAAUCGCAAUGGAGUGAAUGCACUGCAACUUGAUCCUGCACUAAACAGGCUAUUUACAGCCGGACGGGACUCAAUAAUUAGAAUAUGGAGUGUCAAUCAGCACAAACAAGACCCCUAUAUAGCAUCUAUGGAACACCACACAGACUGGGUGAAUGACAUUGUACUGUGCUGUAAUGGGAAAACAUUAAUAUCUGCAUCUUCUGAUACUACUGUUAAAGUAUGGAACGCGCACAAAGGAUUCUGCAUGUCCACCUUGAGAACACACAAGGAUUAUGUGAAAGCCUUAGCAUAUGCAAAAGACAAGGAAUUAGUGGCCUCCGCGGGAUUGGAUAGACAGAUAUUCCUCUGGGAUGUAAAUACCCUCACUGCACUGACUGCGUCCAACAAUACGGUCACUACUUCGUCCCUGAGUGGAAACAAAGACUCUAUUUACAGUUUGGCCAUGAACCAGAUGGGGACCGUCAUAGUUUCUGGGUCAACUGAAAAGGUGCUAAGAGUCUGGGAUCCAAGAACGUGUGCAAAACUGAUGAAACUAAAAGGACAUACUGAUAAUGUUAAAGCAUUACUGUUAAACAGGGAUGGCACGCAGUGUCUUUCAGGCAGUUCGGAUGGGACUAUCCGCUUGUGGUCUCUUGGGCAACAGAGGUGUAUAGCAACUUACAGGGUCCAUGACGAAGGGGUCUGGGCUCUCCAAGUUAAUGAAGGCUUCACCCAUGUGUACUCUGGGGGAAGGGACCGUAAGAUCUACUGUACAGACUUGAGGAACCCAGACUUGAGACUGCUCAUCUGUGAAGAAAAAGCACCAGUUUUAAAAAUGGAACUUGACAGAUCUGUAGACCCUCCUGUAGCACUUUGGGUUGCAACAACAAAAUCAUCUGUUAAUAAAUGGCCUAUAAAAGGUAUUCUGAACUUCCGAGCCUCAGGAGAUUAUGAAAAUGACUGUAGUACACCAUUGAGUCCAAUCUGCUCACAGCCUGACCAAGUUAUUAAAGGGGGCGCUAGCAUUAUCCAGUGCAACAUACUGAAUGACAAGAGGCACAUACUAACCAAAGAUACCAAUAACAAUGUGGCCUACUGGGAUGUACUGAAGGCUUGCAAAAUUGAAGAUUUGGGAAAGGUGGAUUUUGAAGAAGAAAUUAAAAAGAGGUUUAAGAUGGUUUAUGUACCAAAUUGGUUCUCUGUAGAUCUGAAGACUGGGAUGCUGACCAUUACCCUGGAUGAGAGCGACUGCUUUGCAGCGUGGGUAUCCGCAAAGGACGCCGGAUUCAGCAGCCCUGAUGGGUCUGAUCCAAAAUUGAACCUCGGGGGCCUCUUGUUACAAGCAUUACUAGAGUUCUGGCCAAGAACUCAUAUCAACCCCAUGGAGGAGGAGGAAAAUGAAGUCAAUCAUGUGGCAAAUGGCGAGCAGGAAAAUAGGAUACAGAAAGGCAAUGGCUAUUUCCAAGUGCCACCACAUACUCCGGUUAUCUUUGGUGAAGCCGGGGGCCGUACUCUUUUCAGGUUACUGUGUAGAGAUUCGGGAGGAGAGACUGAAUCCAUGCUCCUGAAUGAAACUGUUCCUCAGUGGGUGGUUGAUAUCACUGUGGAUAAAAAUAUGCCGAAAUUCAAUAAAAUUCCAUUCUACCUCCAACCACAUUCAUCUUCUGGAGCAAAAACUCUAAAGAAGGACAGAUUGUCAGCCAGUGACAUGCUGCAAGUCAGAAAGGUGAUGGAACACGUGUACGAGAAAAUCAUAAACGUGGAUACAGAAUCUCAGACAACUAGUUCCUCUAAUAAUGAAAAGCCUGGAGAACAAGAGAAAGAGGAGGACAUCGCCGUGCUGGCAGAGGAGAAGAUUGAGCUCUUGUGUCAAGAUCAGAUUCUAGACCCCAAUAUGGACCUGCGGACUGUGAAACAUUUCAUUUGGAAGAGUGGGGGUGAUUUAACCCUCCACUAUCGCCAGAAGUCGACGUGAAAGGAUUCCAAGGAGCUAGAAGGCUGUUAUUCACUCUUGUGGAUUGAGCCCUACUGAACUCUUACAUAGAUGUUAUUUGAGACAGUACGGACAUUCCCAUAUAUGCUUAGUUAAUUUAACUGUAACAAAUGAUCAAGGAUGACCUCUGCUCUAGUUACCUGAGGAUCCACAAGGAAAGGCUAAACAAAAUUGGCAACCCAUUGUUUUGUUUUAAUAUACAGACUUGUCGGUAGACUCUUUAUUUGUCUCUCUGUCCCAUCUCCCAUCUACUCUUUCUGUACAGUUUUCUGUCUUUCAGAAGCACUUGGUAUCGAGCCUCCUACACUCUGUGUGUCAAUGCACAUUCCAGCCAUCAAGUGUCUGUUUUCUCCCAUUUUAAAAUGUUGGUAGCCUAGCGUUCCAGCAAUUGUCUACUCUUUGUUUAAAAAUGCCAACUGUUCUUGUGGAACAAUUUCUGUACACGGGGAAUACUGUGACAUGUUCCCAAGCAGGGUGCAUCUUGUGAUGCUGUGCAUCGUAUUAGAUUAAGUUCCCUGUGUCACAUAGGUGAUCACCAGACACUGAGCCAAGUCCUGCGUUAAGGCGACUCAUGACAAAAUUUGCGCUGACACUAUAUUUUGUAACCUAAAUAUUCAGAGAUUUGUGAAAAAGUUUCUGAAAAUUUAAAGCAGAAAGCAACAAAUUUCAUAUUUACUAGAUGAAGUUCUUGCUUUUGGAAAUGUAAAUAUUGUUACAGUUUUUGCCAAUAGAAUCGUGUACAGGUUCACCAGUCAGGACGUGAUGUGCUGUUUUUAAGGAAUGAAUGGACAGGUUAUUCGUAAAAUGUUUAGUUUAGCUUAUUGGUAGGCAGUGUUAAAAAUGUAUCUCUUAGCUAAUCAAAUCCUUGGAGUCAAUAUUUGGCAGGAUUUUUAAAAGGGUAGUAUUGCCUCUUUUUAUUUUUUUUAUUUUUAGGAGACCUCUCGCCCUAAUUGACAGAAUGUGUUCCCAUCCCUUAGUAAAGCUGAUUGGUUAGGCACUUGGCAACAUUUGGCACUCCAGCUUUUGUUGAACUACACAUUGCAGCAUGCCCUGCUACAGUACAGCAUGGCCAAAUAGCAAAACUGUAGCAGGGCAUGCUGGGAUGUGUAGUUCAACAGCUGGAGUGCCAAAGGUCCCAUCACUGACCUAGUCCAUUGACAGAAAUAAUCUAUUGAGUCUCCACCCUUACUUGUAGGUAGCAAAAGAUAGUCACAUUUUUUUGAGCCUAGAACUUGACAGCGUUGACACUUCAAUAAUCCAUUAAUUGCUUGAAGGUCAGUAAUGGUUAUAAAUAAACCAAAUGGCAUUAUAGUAAUCAUAAUAAUAAUACUUCCCCUUGAAGACAAACUGGUAUUAAGAUUACAUAGGUUUGCAUUUUAUUUUUUCAUUCCAGUGUGGCUUUAAUGUGUUUUUUUUUUUUUUAAUGUUUGUUUUAAUAUAACCAGCUAUUUCCUCUGUGGUAGGAUAUCCAAUGUUACCCAUAAUUAUGAAGCGAUAUACCCAUGUGACCAGAACAUUAAAUCUACCCCAUAUUUCCUUUUAGUUAACUUAAUCUAUUGCCAUUUCUCCUAUUAAUUUAGGUUAAUUGGUAGUGAAAAUGAUGGCAAAAUAAAUAUUGUGAAUUAAUGAUUUUGAGUGGUAAAACGGGACUGUCCUGGGAAAACCAGAACACAUAAGAGUGGAUUAUGGUGUUAGUACAUUAUACUGUUUUAAGAUAAUUGUAUUGUCUUUCCCCAUAUUAUAGGCAGAAGUUCACAUGACUUCUGUAACAAUUUUACUGCCACAAAACAUUUCAUAGACAGGAUUUCACUGAGCCUGCUAUAUGCAGAAUAGAGUAUACUUAGGCAUGUAAUAUUUGUUUCAUAUUUAGAAUUAUUGCAAUUUUAUAAAAAUAAAAAAAAAUCACCUGUU